AGCGUGGCGGGUCAGUCUUGUUUGCAGCAACCUCGGCUGUCGCGGGCUGUGGUCGGUCAUCGUGCAGUCGCGCCUGCUUCACUCUCAGUCCUGACCGCGUCUGACUCCCGGUCUCCGUCCACCGCGUCACCUCCCAUCGGACAUGGCUUACUACUUCAACAACCUCUUUGACUCGAACGAGUCCUCGCGCUACCAGUCUCCGCGAGCAGAGACACCAGAGCCGUUCGUCCGACAGGGAAGGAGAAACGCUCCCGUCGGUGUGCAGCUUCUCGAUGAUGAGGGUGCAGUCAGCGAGAAGUUUGAACGCUGUCUAAAACACAUCUUUGCAAAAUACUGCACGCCAAAGGCAACUCCUCCUUCGGCUUCGAAAUCACUAGACGCGCAGCUCCUCGUUCCUCCUGAAAAUGCGUACUUCACCCCGGAAGCAUUAGACCAGUGGGCAAUUGAUACGAAUGGGUCGCCACUUCCCAACGAGGCGAAGGAGGAACUGGAAUUGCUUGACGGAACUGAGGAAGGAUACCUCACAUUUCAAGGGUUUCUUCAAAUAUACCAGCUUCAAACUGAGAGCGAUGAAGAGGAAACGUGGAAAGAUCUUUUCAGUCAUGGAUUCGACCGCAAUCUCAAACUCGUAACAACGCGACGCGAAGACAUGGAGGUUGAACUUUCCUCGGACGAACGAACUAGCAGAGAAUCGACGCCGACUCGAACACCUAUGCCAUAAUAUUGGGCUAAUAUCAAUGGCAGUUUAUGGCAGUUUCACGUGUUUGAUGUACGACGAUUUUAAGGCCGUCAUUGUUUCUGCAGAUACAGUUCCUUGCAGACGAUACGCCCAUGGGCAAAGCACCAUCACCCUCGCGACGACUUAUAAUGCUAGUUGCAUUCUCGCGCACCUGUUACAUCAUCAUCCAUCAAUUUCUUCUUUUGCCUAGCUAAUGCAUUCUAACACGCAAUGCGACACGUACUCCUCCACCUACAUACAUAAUCACUGGAUUGGUCUGUCUGUUUCUUUCUUUUUUACCUUUUUUUCCCGACUUUCUCCCAUUUCAUCCUUUAUCUUCAAUUUCUUGUUCGUCACGACUAUUGAUGUUGCGUCACGAUAAAAACAAUGAGAACUUGUGGUGUGCAGAGACAAUCUCGUACUUGUAGACCUAGU